AUGAAUUUGAGUGUUGCAGUUGACGGUGCUUUAAUGGACAAACCAUAUGAUGAAGCCUAUGAAUUCAUCGAGAACAUGACUCAAAAUCAUUUCCAAUGGGGAGGUGCAUGUUCUGCUAUAGAAAAACCAACUUUGAAAGGCGGGAUGUACGAAGUCAAUGGCAUAGACCGCGUCAAUGCUAAAGUGGAUGCACUUACUCAAAAGAUCGAAAAUUUUUCCAUAACACCAGCAGCUACCGUAGCCGUUGUAACACCAAACUGUGAAUUGUGUGGAACCCAUGGGCAUACUAAUGCUGACUGUCAGUUAUUAGUUGGUAUUCCUAUCGGCCAAGUAAAUUACGCUCAAGGAAAUCCAUAUUCCAACACUUAUAAUCCUGGCUAG